UCAAGGCGAACGCACGCGAGCAGCGCAGCAAAGGCAAAAUAAAUAGCAGCAACAACCAGCCCAGAAGAACUCAAAACUCCUCCGUGAGCAACUUAUAUAACGACUGAUUAGCCCGUCGUUUACUUUAGUUAUUCGGUCAACUCCCGACGGUCAAGUUCGCAGCGAUCGCGGCUUGCCAAAUAAAAAUAAUUUACCAAAUAAAAUAAAUCGCGUUGCCAGGAACUUAUAUCCGUGGCUUUGACAAGGAACAACCAAAGUCAAGUGCAACAUUCAAUCCCCACUAAAUGUGCAAUGUGUGUAAUCAGCAAACAGUGAUUAUUUACAUACAUGAAUAAAACUCAUCUCGAAAGUGAAGCGUGACUCAGCAUCGAUAGCCGAAAAUCUUAGAGGAACAAGACAAUCCGAAAGGAAAGGAUACUUUUCGGUCACUUCUCCAACUCACGAAGUCACAGUUGCAGUUGCACGUUAUUCUUGCCAAAUACAACGACGAAAAGGCCCGAUUCAAGAGGAUUGAAGACACGAGAGCAAACAGUUAAGACAAAAUGUUUCUACGCCGCUGCACCUUUCUGCUGCUGAUCUGCCUAAUUGCGAGUGACGCCGCCAGCGCCGCACGCAAAACAAAACGUCCUGUCAAGCCGGUCAAGCAGACCAAUCCGCGCACCAAUGUGACGCCUUCGCCGCCGGCAUCCUCAGCAGUCGCCUCAUCUGGCAGCUCCACGCCUGCCAGCACCACCAGCACCACCACCACGGAAGGCAACGGCGACCAGGAGGCAGCCACAGUGGGAUCUGGAACUCCAGCUGGCAGCGGAGAACUCCCCAAGCCCCUGGCCACGCCCAUUGAGGCUCAGCCGGAGGCCAAGACGGACAAGGCACCAGCCGGAAUUCAGGAGGAAGAGUGCGAUCCAGAUAUGAUUGGCUUCGAGAUUAUUACCGGCUACGUGCUUUCGGCUCCCUCAAAAAUGCUGGACACUUUGCCCGGGACUCUGAUGCUCACCGACUGUUUGGAGGCCUGCCAAAAUAACGAGUCCUGCAGCGCUGUCAACUACGAAACCGGAUUGUGUGUGCUGUUUAAGACGACCGCCGAUAAAUUGCCAGGUUCACUAUCGCGCUCGCAGUUUCCGGUUUUCACCAUCUACGCACAGAAAUCGUGUUUGGGCGUGCGUCCUUGCUCGAAGGCCUGGUGCAUCGAUCGCGUUCAAGGUUACCGCCUCCCAGAGCACGUCAAAUCUAGUCAGACGGUUCUGUCGCGAAGAGACUGUUUGGAACUCUGCUUGGGAGAGACCGAAUUCACAUGCCGAUCGGCCAACUACUACCGCCACUCGGGUCUCUGUGAGUUGUCCGACAUGGACCGCAUUACCCUUUCCGCUGGAGGAAGCGUGGAACCCUACGAUGGAGCCGACUAUCUGGAGAACAACUGCGCCGAGGAGCCCAGCAAAUUGUGCGAAUUCAAGCGGAUUUCGGGAAAGAUCCUGAAGACAGUAGAUUCGGUUUACCAGGACAUCAACACCAUUGACGAGUGCCGCGAUCUCUGCCUGAACUCCCCUUAUAGAUGUCAUUCCUAUGAUUAUAAUGAUACCGGGGACAUGGUCUGCCGCCUGUCGCAUCAUAGUAGAGCUACCCUCACCGAUGUGAUGGAUCCCUACUUGGAUGUUCCCGAGGCAGCCACCUAUGAACUCUCCGCCUGCUACAAUGUGUCCAUUGAGUGCCGUUCUGGGGAGAUGAUAACCAAGAUUAGGACCUCCAAACUCUUCGAUGGCAAGGUUUAUGCCAAGGGAGCUCCCAAAUCCUGCGCUGUGAAUGUGAAUAACUCCCUGGAGUUUGAUUUCCGCAUGGGCUACAAUGAUCUGGAAUGCAAUGUGCGACAGAGUGCCUACGGCAGAUAUAUGAACGAUAUUGUGAUCCAGCACCACGACAUGAUUGUUACCUCUUCCGAUCUUGGCCUGGCUGUUUCCUGCCAAUAUGAUUUAACGAACAAAACAGUGCUGAAUGAUGUUGACCUGGGAGUAACUGGCGAGAUUGAGUCUUCUCUGAGUGAAGAGAUAACCAUUGAUUCGCCCAAUGUCAUUAUGAAGAUCACCUCGCGGGAUGGCAGCGACAUGAAGAGGAUAGCCGAGGUUGGCGAUCCGCUGGCCCUGCGUUUCGAGAUCGUGGAGCCCAACAGCCCGUACGAGAUCUUCGUGAGGGAACUGGUGGCAAUGGAUGGUUCCGACAGCGCCGAGAUAACCCUGAUCGAUGCUAAUGGCUGCCCCACCGAUCAAUACAUCAUGGGCACCAUCCAGAAGCUGGCUCACAAUCGGAAGGUGCUGCUCUCGCAGUUCGACGCCUUCAAGUUUCCUUCGAGCGAAGUGGUUCAGUUCCGCGCCUUGGUAACGCCCUGCAUUCCGCGCUGUGAACCCGUGAUUUGCGACAGCGAAGAUGGCGCUAGUGGAGAGCUGAAGUCUCUGGUUUCCUAUGGUCGCAAAAAGCGAUCGGUGCUUAAUGGAACUGAUGGUGCCGAGUUCUUGCUCAGCACACGCCAUCGACGCGAUGUGGGCCCCGUAGAUGAUAACAUACUGCUCAUGCAGUCCAUACAAAUCACAGACAAGUUCGGCUUCCAGCCAGAGGAUGGCACCACUACCCAUGGAAAUGCCAGCGGUGCUGGUCCCCACGAGAAGGCCUAUGCGGGCGUGGCCCAGGACAAGCUCACUUGCCUUAAUGGCUAUGGACUUAUCAUGGCGGGAGCCCUCUUCCUGCUAGCCCAGUUGAGCAUCUUUGGGAUCUGGAAGACUGUGCAGCGUCGCACCAGCAAGGAGCGGUAUCUGUACCAGCACGAGCCCACGCCAACCAUAACCUACGGAGCGCCCACCAUGCUCUACGGACCGCCACCCAACUCCUCCGCCGGAUCCUCGUCGUCGGGAGCAUCCUACGGGGGCAGCGCCAAGGACACGCUGAGCAAGCUCUACGAUAGUGGCAUCAAUGGGCGCUACGGACAGCAGUUCUAGGGAGAUCUGGGUGGCUCUCGCACCUUGCUGGGAACACUUAGCUGGGAACAAACGCAAUAUGCCUCGAAAGCUUCAAAAGAUUCGAUGAGACUUGAAUAGAAAAUAUUCGCCUAGCAGCGACACACAUGAAAAUCAUUGAAAACCCUAGAAUAAUUUCAGCCUAGAAUAAGCCUACGAUUAGCAUACUCUUAGUUUUGAUUUUGCGAAGACACCUUUUUUUUAACGAUACGAAUAUUUCUCAAGAAUGCGCGCUUUUAAAUGCCUUGGAAAUCGAGUUUCCAGCAUUUUAAAUCAGCGCAUUGCUAAUCAAAGAACGACAAAUUUCUACCGCUGAAUUCGAAUUAGUUUAGAGCUAAAAUCUCUCUAGCGAAAGUUAGGCUAAUUAUAUGUGUAGUGAGAAGUCUGCUUCAAUGUCCACGAGCGAAUUGCAUUUAUAACUAUUACACUAUUUAUUACUUUUACUAUUACGCUGCUGACAUUUCCACACAAAGUUUGCCAAAUAAUUUUGUAUCAAAAUGUUUUGUGCCAGGCUUCUGUGCUAGGCGGCAUUUCCAUGUUUCCGAAUCCCCACUAUCUAAAACUAUUUCCCCAAAUAUUUAUUUGCCAAUCAUACUUCAUAUUAUAUUUUAGCCGAAACACAAGGCGGUGCUAAUUAUUAGGAGCUUCAGAGAGACUUAGUUUAAUCUCGAGAACACAGGAGAUGAAAAUUUUUAAACAAAAAUUUGAUAAACGAAUUGUACUGAUUAAGUAAUGCAAUAAACUCUACGCCUUAAGAAACAUAUUUAAAAAUAAAUGUCUAAAAAUUAAA